AUGAAAGCCGGAAGUGACUACGACGGACGUAUCCCUGUGUGGGAUAAGGUGUGCAAGUGGAGGUUGUACCUGACAGAUGGAAGCGUGGUGAAAGCGCUGGCCGGGAAGGGGAUCCGUGGUGAUGUAAAUUCUCGUGGUUAUGCCUCCUUCAUGAAGUCCGGCGCGUAG